AACGUAAACAAAAAUGGCGGGCGGAAUAACUCUGCCAAGUGAUGGUUACCCCUCUUUUUCGCUAACAAAACAACGUUUUGAUCAGGGGACAUACAAAGGACGACUUUAUCGAUGUUUUGAUGUUACUGAUCCGAGAACAUUAUUUACUAGCGAGCUGAAACUGCAGCAGUCUGUUCAGCUUCUGCAAAAAUUUAAAACAGGACAGCUUGAUAGAAAAGUCACCGACAAAGAGUUAUGGGAGGCAAAGAAGAUAAAAGAGGCAAUAAUCCACCCAGACACUGGAAAAAAAGUGUUCAUGCCCUUUCGAAUGUCAGGUUAUGUUCCAUUUGGCUCUAUUACUGUGGUUGGAAUGAUGCUACCUGCGCCAGGUUUCAAAACAGUUGUAUUUUGGCAGUGGAUGAACCAAAGUCAUAAUGCACUUGUCAAUUAUUCAAAUAGGAAUGCUAGUAAGGAAACACCCCCCAGUAGGUUUCUUCUCAGCUAUACAGGAGCUGUCACUAGUGCUGUUACAAUUGCUGUGGGAUUAAGUAAUUUAGUCCAAAAGGCAAACUUUGCAUCUCCAGGAACAAGAGCUCUAGCUCAACGACUAGUAGCAUAUCCUGCCACAGCUGCUGCAAACAUCUGUAAUGUUGUCCUAAUGAGAAAUAGCGAAUUGUUUUCUGGUAUUGACGUCAAAGAUAAAGAUGGCAACAUUGUAGGAACUUCUAAAAUUGCUGCAAGAAACGCCAUUUAUGAGACGACGUUGACUAGGGUUGUUCUACCAGCACCUGUGCUGAUCUUUCCUGCAUUGAUCAUGGCGCCUUUAGAAAGAACCAAUUUUCUUAAGGCUCGACCCAGACUCCAUCUCCCCGUGCAAGCAUUGGUUUGUGUUGCCGUGUUUGGUGUUGCUUUGCCUUUUGCCAUCGCUCUAUUUCCACAGGAAACCCAGAUUCAAACAUCAGAGUUAGAGCCCGAAAUUCAAUCCAAAACCAGUGAUCUUGUUCUGUAUUAUAACAAAGGCUUAUAGUCGCACGACACUGCACGAGAACACGACGCCAUCUUGGAUAUUUAAUUGUCUUCAAGAUUCCCAAGCAUGACCCGCUUUUCCAAUCUCUCCAAGCCACAACAACUGGUUUCCUGUGGCCUACCUGACAUAUACCAUCGGCUCUAUUGACCAUUUCUAAGAUGCGCAGGAACUUUGAAAAAUAUAUCAAGCGUGCAUAUUUUUGUCAGUGUUUAGUAGCUUCACUUCAAUCAUUCUUACCCGAAAAUACCUCGUCAUCAUAUGCACGCCUGCGGUAUUCUUGAAAGCGGCAGCCAUCGUAUAUUAUCAUAACUAUUCUUAUCAUCUAAAUGUCAUUAUCCUAACAAGAAUUUUUGUCACUGGCCCACAUACACGACAUACUUUCUGUAGAAGUCUUAAAAACACGACUUUCAAAUAAUUAAACAUUCUCAUAAAAAUUUUAUAGUGAAUUUAUAAAGAGCAAUGAACUUUA